AUGCCUACCGACUUCAGCACCGUCCCGGUUCUUGACUACUCCAAGGCCACCGACCCCAACCUGCGCGCGGAAUUCAUCGAAGAGCUCCGCAAUGCUGUAAUCAAUGUUGGGUUUCUCUACCUGAGCAACCACUCUGUCGACCCGGCGGUUGUGAAGGCUAUGACUGACCACUAUAUUCCUCGCCUCUUCGCCUUGCCACAAGAGGAGAAAGAGAGUAUCAAGAUGGCCAACUCCCCGCAUUUCUUUGGUUACACUGAGUUUGCCCGAGAGUUUACCAAGGAGAAAGCAGAUCUUCGAGAGCAGUUCGACUACGGUGUACCGUUCGUUAACAAGUACCAGCCGGGUGAACCGGACUACAAGAAACUAUGGGGUCCAAGCCAGUGGCCUCAGGAGAAUAUGAUCCCUGGAUUCAAGGCCACUUGGAACACUUACCUCAGUCAGGUCGAGGAUCUAGGGUAUGAUUUCGUCCAGUUAUUGGCAGAGUGCCUAGACCUCCCUUCGGACGCUCUCAAUGAAUUCUUCGACAAGGAUAAGAUCAUCGAGAAUGCCAAAGGGAACGUCAUGCAUCAGGCGAAGAUUGUAAAGUACCCCCCUGUUGGCACCGUCGAAUCCAACCAGGGGAUCGGGCCUCACUUUGAUGCCGGAUUCUUAACAUUCUUGCUCCAAGCUUCGGCCAAUCCCGGUCUGCAAGUCCAGAACAUGGCAGGGGAAUGGAUCGACGUUUUCCCCAUUCCGGGGACAUUCGUCAUCAACAUCGGCAGAGCUCUUGAACACGUAACCCAAGGCCUCGCGCGAGCAACCUGCCACCGCGUUGUCGCCCCCUUGCGAGGUACAAGCUCUCGCUACUCCAUCCCCUUCUUCCAGAACUUGCGGCAGGAAGUCUGCCUAAAUGACGUUCACCUCGAAAUCAAGCCAGAGAUGCUCGCGUUGAAGGAAAAGCGAGGAUACGUCGCGGACCGCGAAGGCGUCAACUACGCCGAAUAUGGCACGGAAGCUGCUGGGACGGUUGCACUCAUCGGACGAGUGAAGAGUCACCCGGACGUGGGACAGAUACAUUAUCCCGAGUUGACCAAACAGCUCUUCCCGCACGGCCUGCCUGAAUGGGCGUGA